AUGAAGGUUAUAUCUUCACCUGGAGCUCGAGGACAGAGGGCCGCCAGAAGGAUUUCUAAACCUCAGAUGGAGAAGCGCAGGCGGGAGCGCAUCAACCACAGUCUGGAGACUCUGCGAGUUCUGAUGCUGGAGAGCACCCACAAUGAGAAACUAAAGAAUCCGAAAGUGGAGAAGGCAGAGAUUCUAGAGAGUGUGGUCGAUUUCCUGAAGGCAGAGAAGGAUGUACAGAAGGAUCACCAGGCCUCAGAGAGGGCUCUGUCCGUGGAGCAGAGACCGGCCUGUGCCUGCCAGUCCAGCUACCAUGACGGCAUGAGGACCUGCCUGCUCAGGGUCAACCAGUUCAUAGCCAGCAAGAGCCAGGAGGCAGGGGAGCCCAGCGGAGCGGCUGUUCGGGCUUCCUUUACGCUUCCAGAGAUCCCCAUGCACCCCACCACUCCCGGCCACAUCCACCAUCCUGCUGCUGUUCUGCCUCCUCAUCCUCUGCCCUUCCAUCACCCCCAGCUCUCUCACCACUACCUGACACAGACGGCUGGCUUCCACGAUGACACCAGCAAUCUGUCCCCCGCAGGUGUGGGGCACAUCCCUGAUCCCCUGUGGAGGCCCUGGCCUCAGUGA